UACCAGAUUAUCGAGUGUGGUAGUGACGUGUAAAAGCGCAGCUGAAAAACCAUUUAUUUUAUUUAUUUAAUUCAAGUUUUAUAAAGAAAGUUCCAACUGCAAUGGGUUCGUUUCGCCGCGAAAAGGAGGAGGAGGAGGAUGGUCCAUCAAAUGCCUAUCAGAAUCUUGAAAAGACUUCGGUGCUGCAAGAGACACGAACGUUCAACGAAACGCCGGUGAAUGCCCGCAAGUGCAUCCACAUUCUGACCAAAAUCUUAUACCUGAUUAAUCAGGGCGAGCAGCUGGUGGCCCGUGAGGCAACCGACUGCUUCUUUGCUAUGACAAAGCUUUUUCAGUCAAAGGAUGUAGUGUUGCGUCGCAUGGUCUACUUGGGUAUAAAGGAGCUAAGCUCCAUUGCCGAGGAUGUCAUCAUUGUUACUAGUUCACUGACCAAGGACAUGACCGGCAAGGAAGAUCUGUAUCGUGCCGCUGCCAUUCGCGCUCUGUGCAGCAUUACAGAUCAUACAAUGUUGCAGGCCGUCGAACGUUACAUGAAGCAGUGCAUCGUGGACAAAAAUGCUGCCGUGUCGUGUGCCGCACUGGUCAGUUCUCUGCGCCUAGCCAGCACAGCCGGCGAUGUGGUGAAACGUUGGGCAAACGAGGCCCAAGAGGCCAUGAACAGUGACAACAUUAUGGUGCAAUAUCAUGCCCUUGGCUUACUCUAUCACAUUCGCAAAUCGGAUCGCCUGGCAGUUUCUAAGUUAGUCAACAAGCUCACACGCGGUUCUCUAAAGAGUCCCUAUGCAGCCUGUAUGCUGAUUCGGAUCGCCUGCAAACUGGUCGAGGAGGAGGACAUACCAUCCGAGGAGUUAUCCGACUCACCGCUAUUCACCUUCAUUGAAAGUUGUUUGCGUCACAAGAGCGAGAUGGUCAUCUAUGAAGCGGCGCACGCCAUUGUCAAUCUAAAGAAUACUAAUCCUCGCAUGCUCUCUCCAGCCUUCUCCAUUUUGCAAUUGUUCUGCAGUUCGCCCAAGGCAACUCUUCGAUUCGCCGCUGUACGUACCCUUAACAAGGUGGCCAUGACGCAUCCGGCUGCUGUGACCACUUGCAAUCUCGAUCUUGAGGGCCUUAUCACAGACUCCAAUCGAUCUGUGGCCACUCUUGCAAUUACCACGCUGCUAAAGACGGGGGCAGAGUCCUCUGUAGAGCGCCUAAUGAAGCAAAUCUCCACAUUUGUGGCGGAAAUCUCUGACGAAUUCAAAGUGGUGGUGGUUCAAGCCAUCUCUGCCUUAUGUACCAAGUAUCCUCGUAAGCAUACUGUAUUGAUGAACUUCCUUAGCAGUAUGCUACGCGAGGAGGGCGGUCUAGAGUACAAGACAUCGAUUGUAGACACAAUUAUCACCAUUAUUGAGGAAAACGCAGAUGCCAAGGAAUCGGGCCUAUCGCAUUUGUGCGAAUUCAUUGAGGAUUGCGAACACGUUUCUCUGGCAGUGCGCAUCCUACACUUGCUGGGCAAGGAGGGACCAUUUGCCGCCACUCCUUCCAAGUAUAUACGCUUCAUUUACAAUCGUGUAAUCCUCGAGAGCCCAAUUGUUAGAGCCGCUGCUGUCACAGCACUCGCUCAGUUUGGAGCCUCCUGUCCGGCUCUCCAGGGUAACAUUUUGGUCCUGUUGGGCCGCUGUCAAAUGGAUCCCGAUGAUGAAGUGCGCGACCGUGCCACUUAUUAUCUCAACAUUCUUAAUUCAGAGAAACCGGAGAUCUAUAAAGACUAUAUUAUUGAACGCGAGAACUGUUCGCUAGCAUUGCUUGAAAAGGCUCUGGUUGAGCAUCUAAAUGGCCAGCUGGACUCCCGCUUUGAUAUCUCCACAAUACCCAAGGCAGCCAUUGUCAAGGCCGAGAUUAGCAAUGAUGUCAUGCUGGUGACCAACAGCGCUCCACGACCACCCAAAAUUACUCGCGAGGAAGAGAGCGCUGCAAGAUUGGCUCAGUUGCCGGGCAUCCAGGUCUUUGGUCCCAUACAUCGUAGCACAGCUUCUAUUCAGCUAACCGAAAGCGAGACCGAGUACACAGUUCAGUGCAUCAAACAUAUCUUUGCCCAGCACGUGGUCUUCCAAUUCGAUUGUCUCAACACUCUAUCUGACCAAUUUCUGGAGAAUGUCCGAGUGGAAUUAACACUACCCGAAGGCUAUAGUGCGCACGGCAUUAUACCUUGUCCCAAAUUGCCGUACAAUGAGCUGCAGACCACCUAUGCCAUUGUGGAGUUCCCACCCGAUGCUGGCAGCUCCUUAGCCACAUUUGGGGCCACUUUGCGGUUUGUGGUCAAGGACUGCGACCCUAACACAGGCGAACCCGAUUCAGAAGAAGGCUACGAUGAUGAGUAUAUGCUGGAAGAUCUGGAAAUCACAGUGGCCGAUCAGGUGCAGAAAACGAAAAAGAAUAACUUUCAAGUGGCAUGGGAUGCAGCUGAUAGCGAGGAGUGGCUUCAAGCCGAAGAUACCUUUGUGCUUUCCGCUGUCACCACUUUACAGGAUGCCGUCAAUAGCAUAAUUAAAAUAUUGGGUCUAGGUCCCGCAAAUCUGUCGGAAAAAGUUCCGGAAGGCACACAUAUACACACAUUACUUUGCUCAGGCUCAUUUAGAGGCGGCAUUGAGGUCCUUGUACGUGCCAAAUUAGCACUCUCCGAGGGCGUCACAUUGAAUCUAACUGUGCGAAGCACAGAUCAAGAUGUAGCAGAGGUUAUAACGGCGGCCAUUGGAUAAGACAGCGAGCCAUGCAGAAAUCUUGUUGGUUUUCUGCGUGCAAUUAACAAAAUAUAACAUAAAUGAACGGAAAUUUAAAAGAGGAUCGUAUCCACUAUAAGAUCGAAAAGUUAAAAUUACAAUAAUAGAAACAAAAGGAAACCCUAAUUAUUCGAACCUAAAGUGGCUGCUGGCCCCAGCGCUUUGCGUUAAUUUGUUUUCUAACAUUCACACAAUUGAUUCAACAGCCAACACAUAACAUUCAAUUAUCUAUUUGUUAUUGCCCCCGUAUUUAGCCUGUGCGUUUAGUUUUAAGUCUAAAUAUAUAAAUACAUGUAUAUGCAAAGUGA